CCAUUUCUGGCAGGUCGGGGUCAGUAGCUUUCGUCCAGUAGGAGGUUGGGAGUGUUGAAGUAGAGUGGCUAACAAAAAUGGCUGAUCAGCUAACGGAGGAGCAGAUUGCUGAAUUCAAGGAGGCCUUUUCUCUAUUUGACAAGGAUGGUGAUGGCACAAUCACCACCAAAGAACUAGGGACGGUCAUGCGUUCUCUGGGUCAGAACCCUACUGAGGCGGAGCUACAGGACAUGAUCAAUGAGGUGGAUGCUGAUGGAAAUGGAACAAUAGACUUCCCAGAGUUCCUUACCAUGAUGGCCAGGAAAAUGAAGGACACAGACAGUGAGGAGGAGAUCAGGGAAGCCUUCCGUGUCUUCGAUAAGGAUGGCAACGGCUACAUCAGUGCAGCUGAGCUGCGCCACGUCAUGACCAACCUAGGGGAGAAGCUGACGGAUGAGGAGGUGGAUGAGAUGAUCAGGGAAGCGGACAUAGACGGAGACGGCCAGGUCAACUAUGAAGAGUUCGUACAGAUGAUGACAGCGAAGUGAAGGCCUUGUACAGCAUCCGUGUAAAACUUUCCCUCUAAUUUCUGUUUCACAUCCCCUGUGCCCCCUGCUGUCCAAAGGAACUGCAUGUUUACCACUUUGGAUUUGCCUUCUCACCCCCCCCCCCCCCCCCUUAAUCUGUUGCCGUCAUUUCCGUGUAAUUGGAGGGGUGGUCGCAUGGCCCCCCGGAGUGGUUGUUUCUCUCGGAGCGUGACAGGCGCCUUACCCGGUCCCGCCCCCUCCAGCUUUGCAUCGCUGGGCGUCCCGGGGCUCCCAUUGAAGUAGAACAUCGCUCAGCAGCAAUGUUGGCAUGCAGCCUUUUCUCAGUGUGGAGGAAGCUCUCUGCAUGGACUAUGGACAGCGUCUCUCUAAAUGUGGAAACUCAGCAUUGCACUACUGCAGAACAGGGGGAGGGCUUUAAGAAACGGGUGUAUUGCCUCAUACAACUUAAUUUUGUAUGUGUUCUGUACUCAAGAUUCUCUGCUUUAAUGUUUUAGUCACUUUUUUUAAAUUGCUUAUGGCACAGACUUCCCUCAAAGAAUUCAUUCCAAGUUGUAUAUUUCUUUUCCAAUAAAGAGAGAAAAUGUACAAUUUACCCAAACUCAGAAGUAGUACUGUUUUGUAAUGUGGUUGUUUGGGCUGUCUAUUUUUAAAUAUCCGGUUUGCAGGACUUGUUGGAGCAUGUUAAGGGCUACCUUGGUGCCACAAGUACAAAUCACUUAUGUUCUGUAUCAUUAAAAAUAUUUGUAUAUCA